AUGGUUAUCUCAGAUACUUCUUACGGGAAUAUAGUGGCGUUGCUUAUUGCUGUUGCUAUAGUUUUUUGUUGUCAAAGUCAGCUGACCGCUGAAACACCUAAUGUUGUUGUUUCUCAAUAUGGGACCGGAGAUUUCACGACUAUUGCUGGAGCAAUACUAGCAGCCCCGAAUAAGAGUGUCCAACCAUACUAUAUCAAGAUUAAACAAGGCAUAUAUCGGGAAUACAUUCGAGUUGAAAAAGAAAAGACUAAUAUAGUAUUGAUUGGAGAGGGAAUGGGUACUACAAUAAUAACGGGUAAUAGAAGUUUCAAUAAAGGCAAUAAAAUUGAUGACACUGCAACAGUGGGGGUUUUUGGAAGUGGCUUCACAGCCCAAGACAUCACCUUUAGGAAUGAUGCUGGACCCGGAAAGUAUCAAGCAAUGGCAUUAAUAGUAGAAGCAGAUUUGGCUUCUUUCUAUAGAUGUCGCUUUGAUGGGUAUCAAGAUACUCUAUAUGCCAAAAUGAACAAUCAAUUUUAUCGUGAUUGUGAAAUUUAUGGCACGAUAGACUUCAUUUGCGGUAACGCAAAGGCCCUAUUCCAAAACUGCUUAAUUAAAGCACAUAUUCCAUUGGCCAUGCAGUACAACACAAUUAUAGCACAAAAGAGAGAGUUUGAGAAAGAUGCAACUGGAAUAGUGCUUCAAAAUUGCACUAUAAAGGCUAGCCGAGAUUUGGAGAAAAUGGAUAACGUCAUCACCUAUUUAGGUCGACCAUGGGGUAUAUUCUCUAGGACAGUGGUCAUGGAAAGUUUCAUUGACCACUUGAUAAGUCCUAGAGGAUGGAUUGAAUGGAUUGAACCUGGAAAAAAAUCCAUUGUUCGUCGUCAUCCGUAUUUUCUGGAGUACAAAAAUAGAGGACCAGGUGCUGCUACCCAGAAACGUGUGACAUGGGCAUCCCACACAAUGAAUCCGAACAUUGCAUCAACUUUCACAGUUAGGAAUUUUAUAAAUGGUGACUAG